AUGUACGGCAUAACGCUGACCAAGUGCAAAAUAUAUUUCAACAAUAUCUACUCGACGGUGUCGCUGGAGGAGAAGCUGGGGGGCGGGACGUACGGAGACGUGUACAAAGGGAAGGUAAUAAAAUAUAACAACAACAACAACAACGACCUCUACCAGAAUACCAAUUACCUCCCAUACGACUACUACACAGACGAGUUCGUAUUUUUUAGGAAAAAUAUUUAUGCGAUAAAAUUCUUCCGUGAUGAUUUGAAAACAAUAAAUGAGGAAGGAAUUAGCUGCACAACGUUGAGAGAACUGAGCUGUCUGAAGAACAUCGGAAGGCAUCCAAACAUUUUAAGGCUCAUAGAUGUAACAAUAGACAGACAAAAAUGCAUAAGUGAGUAUAUCAAUCGGCAGAUAUUACAACACCAUGCUUCGAACUUUGAGCACUCAACAAAACUGGAUAUGACUCCUCUGGCAGCGGACCAGAAAUUUAUCUUCGCUGCGUAUGAGUACUGUGAUGCAGGAGAUUUGAAGAGGCUGAUUCAGAAGACGAAAAUCACGGAUGACCAGGCGGGUCUAAGUUUGAAAGAAGCCAAGUGGUUAUCCUUCCAGUUGUUAAAUGGACUGGCUUAUCUACACAACAAUAAAAUGUGCCACCGAGAUUUGAAGCCUGAAAAUGUGAUGCUGCAGGAGACCCCAAAUCGGAAGUUUUUACUUAAGAUUGGUGACUUAGGCUUAUGCAGGGAGCUAAAAAAUGACGGGGAUAUGACUCCCACGGUGUGCACCAUUUAUUACCGCCCUCUGGAGGUGCUUCUCUCUAAGUUUGAGAUGGCUAAGGGGAAGAAAGGGCGCGCCAAGGCCAGGGGGAAGGUCAAGCCGCCACCCAAUGGGGUGCCCGCAUCUUCGAAUCUGUCUCACGCGAGUCGCUGCAAUGCGAGUAACUCCAAUGCGAAUCUGUCUCAUGCUAAUCCGUCUCAUGCUAAUCCGUCCCAUGCGAAUCACUCCAAUGCGAGUGCUCCACACUCGAGCGUGCCGUACCCCUCUCGGGCCCCCUCCACCAGGGGCAUCGACAGCAGCGGCAACUGCGGCACGGCCCACGCGGACAGCGCUGCAUGCACGACGGACAGGGGAAGCGGCGGCGGAAAAGGAGGCGCGAACAGAAGUGGGCAGGGCCAGGGCAACGUCAACUCCAACAAUAAGAACAAGAAGGACAAGCAGGGGGAGAAAGCGGAACAACGGGAAAAUGCAACAAAUCGGGAAAAAGCAGCCGAGCGGGAGAGGGCGCGCCUCAGGGGAAUCGAAGAAGACGACUACUACAAUAAUAAGGACUUCCAGUACGGACUGAACGUGGACAUCUGGUCAGCAGCCUGCAUCAUCUGCGAACUCAUUAUAGGAAGGCCGCUAUUCAGAGGCGUAACCGAAUUUGACCUCAUCAUUCGAAUCGUAAACUCUUUAGGCAAGCCAAACAAUGACGAGCUCGAAUUUUUUAGUGACUCCAGAUUCUAUCCUCUCAAGGAAGAUUUCUUCAAUGUUAAUAUAAAAGAUAAGAAGGAUGCACUCAAUGUAAUAACAAAUGGACGGAUCGAUGAGCUGGGAAUAGAUCUCCUCGUGAAAAUGUUGAAGUAUAAUCCGAAUGAUAGAAUUACCGCAGCGGAUGCAUUAUCACACCCUUGGUUUUCAGACAUACGUUUUGAUAACCUCGAUGGAAUCGGAGUGUAUAACUGGUAUGUCCACUGCUUAAAAUACUAUAUAGGAAUAAAAACGUUCAGAGAAAUCGAACAAAAGAAAAAGAACCUUCUAACCACAACCAUGAUAUCUCACUUUUUGUGUAAGUCCAAUGAUAGACAUGGGAAAAUCAUUUUUAAGCUUAUCAAUGAUACGUUUAAAAAUUUGGGGGGGUAUAAAAGGAGUGGGAGGAGAUCCUUUGCUAUUUUCUCGGACAAAUAUGCCAAGGAUGAUAAGAAUGCCAAUGGGUUUAUUAAGCGAGCUAGUAUUAAGGUAUUAAAUGACAUGAAGGAAAAGAAUGUGAUCGAGACCAAGGAAGAAAUGUCCUUUUAUGAUGACAGCACUAAUCAUAUGACUCCUGGCCCUACCUCUUCUAAGAGAAGGAAAUUCAAACGAUCCAGUUAUCACGCUGUGAACCCGGAGACUUCUUACGAGUUGGGCACAUCUAUGCGCGUCAAGAGGAACCUUUCCAUUCCAGACUUCUCCUCCCCUGAUAGGAAGAAGCAGCGACGCAAGGCCCACUUCAAGUCCGCCACCACCACCAACCGUGCCGCCGCGCACCCGCUGCCCACUUUCCAUGGAUUCACCUGA